AUGUUGACUUCCGCUCUCUUUUUGCUCGCCUCGCUCGGCUUGGCUCAAUCAGCGACCCUCGAGGAUCUCUACCUUGAGAACGCGCCCUCCGCGCCUCGUCCGUAUGUGAUUCCGCAUUACGCGAACUCACAUGCCGUUGCGGUGGGGGAUCAGGUGUAUCGCUUCACGGUCACUGGCCCGUCCUCCGACAAUGCCUUCACCUUGAUGAGCACCAAUGCGCCGUCCAGCUCAUCGCUGGGCGUUCUGCCCCACGUGCACCAGAAGCACUACGAGAACUUCUUCAACUUCAAGGGUAGCUUCCAGCUCUGGGCCCAAAAGGAUGCCGCCGAGCAACAGGCGCGUCUUUUGACAGCUGGAGACUAUGGAUCGGUGCCCCGAAACACCACCCAUACAUUCCAAAUUUUGGAUCCUGACACUGAGAUGGUUGGAGUGAUUGUUCCUGGUGGCUUUGAGGACCUUUUCUACGCCCUCGGAACCAACUAUACCUCCGACACCGGCACCCCCUAUGUCCCCGCUCACUCCAACAGCUCAUCAUCCCCCGAUUCGAGCGUCAUCUCUUCGCUGCAGAAGUUUGACGUAUAUGCCAAGCUCGGCUUUGAGCCCCGGCGUGAUCUGGUCAAUGGUACCGCUCCCAUUGACAAUUCGGAAUGGCACACCGGCGAUAACGCCCUUGGAACCCCCGGCAAGCCGUACUUUGUCGCCAACGGAUAUGGUCCCAAGUACUUGAACUCCAAGUUUGGCUAUCAGGUCGUCCAGCCGUUCGUGACCUCCAAGCAGGCCCAGGAUACCAACUACACCCUUUCGACCAUCUCCCUCAACCGCCAGACCAAGGACAAUGCCCCCACUUACACCCUGAAUGGCGCCACCGCCUUCGAGGUGAUUGAGGGUGUCCUCAAGAUCCAAAUUGGCGAUUACCCCGUGGCUACCCUGUACACCGGUGAUGUUGCGUUUGUGCCUAUCGGUGUGUCCUUCACUUACUACACUGAAGUGGCUUUCACCAAGGUGUUGUAUGUUGCCAGUGGUAGCAACGGAGUGGAUUCGCAAUUGAUCAAGGGCGGGAAGGCCUGGAACUGGGUCACUUUCCCUACCCACUAG